AAAUAUUCAAGAUGUCAGCCCCCAUGAAAUUUCGAAACUUUUUCAAAAUAUGUACAUUUUGCCAAAAAAAAACACAAUAUACGACCGAUCCACAGCAGGAUAUUGACUUUGCCUCGAAGGGAAAAUAUCAAGGGUCUAAAGAGGCUGUUCUCUUCAUCCUCUGCAGUGUGUAACCAGCAUGAAGAUACAUCCAGAUACCCCCACCAGUUGAAGAUGGAUGAAUUAUAUGAUGGUCAUAUCCCAACAUCAACAUUUCAGAAGAUACUUCUGGGAGUUGGCUCUGCUGGGGUGGCUAUUGUCAACCCUUGGCGUGAUGAUAUGAUAGCUGUAAUGGGGGAAGCCACAGGGGAGUUGGCGCUAAAAUCUCUGCGAGCCAAAAUGUUGGCAGAUCCAGUAGGGAGACAGAUCUUAGAAAAUGAGCCAAGGAUCAAUUCACAAACAGUUGAUCUGGAUUAUCUAAAGACCCUUCCAGAUGGAACAUUUGGGCGAGAAUACAGGAGAUUCCUCGACAAAUAUCAACUGACGCCAGAUGCAAGACGUCAUGUUGAAUUUGUGGAUGAUGUUGAGCUAGCUUACGUCAUGCAAAGAUACAGAGAGAUCCAUGAUCUGUUUCAUACCCUGUUUGGCAUGCCUACCAACUGGUUAGGAGAAGUGUCAGUGAAGACUAUUGAAGGCCUGCAACUAGGGCUGCCUAUGUGUGUACUUGGUGCUGUAGCGGGGCCAGUGAGAUUCUACAACAAACCAAAGCAUGGCAGGAAAUAUGUGGAAUCGUACCUACCAUGGGCAAUGAGAGUUGGACAAAAUGCCAAGUUUCUCAUGAAUGUGUACUAUGAAAAACAUUGGGAGCAACCUUUAAUUGAACUUCGAGAGGAAUUGAACAUUGAGACCCCUCCCUCAUGAGAUGGCCUAUUUGUCUAUUUGGGAUAAUGCUUGCUUACUUGUACCUGAGACCAUCAUUAUGUUAGUCUCAGCUUGUACCGUUAUGCUUAUCUUUUGGGUCGAUCUAGUAUACAAAAUCUCUAAUUGUGAAAAACUUUAUAUGAUAAUAUGCAGAAUCCCUGUAAGCUUAUAGCUCAUGAGAGAGUGAUUGCUGUAAAGUGUGCAAUAUAGUGUAUUUAUUUACAUCUGUACACAUGUACUCUGUGAUGUA